CCCAUAGUAUCAAAAAAAAAAUGCAGUAACCUGUAAAACUGAACUAACACAGCACAGUGGAGAAGACCAUAACAUCAUCAUAAUAAAAACAGUAAACAGUACUGACAGUAAAAUAAUAGCUAUAACAGUAUAAAUAACAAUAACAAGAACCAUACCUUAUGAGUGAAUAUAUAGAUCGUCCUCGUUCUGAAUUAACAGAAUUAGAAUUACUGAAACUUGAAGAAUUUGAAUUUACUCAUGGACCUAUGUCAUUAAUUCAAAAUGCUAUAAAUAAUCAAAGUCCAGUAGUUAUAUCAUGCAGAAAUAAUCAUAAACUUAUAGCGAAAGUUAAAGCAUUUGAUAGACAUUGUAAUUUAGUAUUAGAAAAUGUUAAAGAAUUAUGGACAGAAACUGUUAAAAAUAAUAAGGGUAAAAAGAUUAAAUCUAUAUCAAGAGAAAGAUUUAUAUCGAAACUUUUCUUACGAGGAGAUUCAAUAGUUAUAAUUUUAAAGGCAUAAUUAUAAUUAAUGAUAUAUAUAGUUAUGGGUGUAUUAUUACUUAGAUAGAAAUUAUAUUAAUAU